AUGGGGCUUCAGUUGAUUUCAUUCACAAGCUUCUUUGCUGUUCUUGUUCUUCUUGUUCGUGCUCAAGACCAGUCAGGUUUUGUCAGUAUAGAUUGUGGUAUACCGGAUGAUUCAAGCUAUAACGAUGUAAUUACAGACAUAAAAUACGUUUCAGAUGCUGCUUUUGUAGAGUCCGGAACAAUUCACACCAUAGAUCCUCAGUUUCAGACAAGUUCUCUUGAAAAGCAGUUCCAAAACGUUAGGAGUUUCCCUGAGGGCAAGAGAAACUGUUACGAUGUUCAGCCUCCCCGAGGAAAAGGCUUCAAGUAUUUGAUCAGAACACGGUUCAUGUACGGUAACUACGAUGGUCUAGGAAAAGCACCCGAGUUCGAUCUUUAUCUUGGGGUCAAUCUCUGGGAUUCUGUUAAAAUAGAUAAUGCAACAAUGAUAGUUACGAAAGAAAUCAUCCACACUCUUCGUUCAGACCAUGUUCAUGUUUGUCUUGUUGAUAAAGACAAAGGAACCGCAUUCUUGUCUGUGUUAGAACUUAGGCUCUUAAAGAGUGAUACAUACGAGACUCCUUAUGAUUCUAUUAUGCUGUAUCGAAGGUGGGAUCUUGGGGGGCUUGGUGACGCUCCUGUCAGGUACAAAGAUGAUGUUUAUGACCGGAUAUGGAUACCUCUGAGGUUCCCUCAAUAUAAAAUCUUCAAUGCGACGCUCCCAAUAGACCCAAACAACAACAAUGGGUUCCAACCCGCUCGGUUUGUCAUGAACACUGCAACAUCACCUGACAAUUCAAGCAAAGACAUAGCCCUUUAUUGGGAACCACUGGAUCCUACUUGGAAGUACUAUGUGUACAUGCAUUUUUCAGAAGUUUUGGAACUUCCGAGUAAUGAGACAAGAGAAUUCACAGUGCUUCUGAACGAGAAGUCAAUCAACAUGACUGUCUUUAGCCCUCGCUACUUGUAUACAGACACGCUUUCCACUCAGAACCCUGUGAGCGGUCCAAGACUCGAGUUUCUUCUUAGACGUACUGCUAAAUCUACGCUUCCACCCAUCAUUAACGCCAUUGAGACAUAUCGAGUCAAUGAGUUUCUUCAGUCACCUACGGACCAACAAAAUGUUCAUGCAAUGAUGACAAUAAAGUCCAAGUACGGAGUGAAGAAAAACUGGCUUGGAGAUCCAUGUGCUCCAGUCAACUAUCCUUGGAAGGAUAUCAAUUGCAUCUACGUUAAUAACGAGCCUCCAAGAAUCAUUUCUGUGAACUUAUCCUCCAGUGGCUUGACUGGCCAGAUUGAUCUAGCCUUCUCCAACCUUACCUCAUUAGAAAAGCUGGACUUAUCAAACAACAGUUUAACUGGAAAAGUGCCUGAUUUCCUUGGAAAUCUACAUAACUUGACAGAGUUGUAG